AUGAUCGUUAACGAUAAGUUAGAUGCCACGCCCGAGUACCCUCGAUCGUCGAAUGGCCCCCAAACUCGUGCAGACGCAGAUGCAGGGCAAAACGUCCGUGUGGCAUACGCUGUAGCCCUGUUUCAUAUUCUUUUGAAGUUCGUUGCCUCCGGUAUGCUCAAGGCUUCCAUCCAAGCCAAGAUUUCGCAUGUGCUGCUUCAGGCGAACAUGACCUUGGUGACAUCUCGGCCUAGUUGGCAUUGA